AUGUGCAAAGAACUCAAUAAACUCAUGGGAAACAUAUGUUAUUAUCUGUUUUGUUGCUGUUGUUGUCGGCGAAGGACUAGAAAUAGAAAGAAAGACAGAGAAGAAAAGGAAAGGACACUUAAGGAACUCUCGAUGAUUGUGCCCCCGACUCAACGCGAGUUGUCUACCAAUAGCCAAAAUCCCAGAGCUAUGGCCAAAGAGGAAAUCACACAAUGCUAUGGACUGCCAGACAAUGACUUGGGAUUGAAGACUCGGGAAGAUGUGUACAAACGGCACGGAUACAGGUUUUUGGGCAUACAGUUGGGAUCGGGAAAGUUUGGUACCGUUGAAAGAGUUGUCUACGAAAGGGAGAAUAUACCGGCCAUAAACCUCGCCUGCAAACGGAUGACUAUACCUAAAGGAAAGACUCGGGCGGCCGCUAAGAAAAGCCAGAAACUACUAAAUUCGGCCAAAACCGAGGUCUAUGCUCUCCAGAAACUGAAACACCCGCAUAUCAUCCAAUGUGUCGACCACUUCAUCAUUGAGUCGUCGGAUAUUCGGUCUACAGAUCCGAUAGUUUUGCAUAUCUUCAUGCAAUGGGCGCCAAAAGGGACGCUUUACGACGCGUCCAACGCUAGGGCACCCUUUAAUGAGAGCAAGUGUCGGCUAUGGUUCGCACAGAUUCUCAGCGCAAUGGUCUACAGUCACAGCAAGAGGUGUGCGCACCGGGACCUCAAACUAUUAAACAUACUUCUGGACGCCAACGAAGACUUACUCGUCACGGACUUUGGUCUGAGCCGUGCCUUUGAUGAGCGCGUUAUGGAGAUGGAGGCGACCACGUAUUGCGGAACAGCGACUUAUAUGGCACCCGAAAUACUUGGAAUAAAGACCCACAAAACUGUGUCAUACGAUCCCUUCAAAGUGGAUGUGUGGGCGUUGGGUGUGAUUCUGUUUAUUCUGUAUAACAACACCUAUCCGUACGAGAAAGAAAAACUUGGUGGUAUUGAAAAAAUGGUCGAUUAUAUGCAGAAAAAGAAAUAUACUUUUGCACGUUUGCCCACUCAUGAAAUCGACGACAUUAUGGGACAGAUGUUAGACCCGGCGCCGGACAAUAGGCCCACAAUGAGAAGGAAGAGAGACAGAAAAGAGAAGGAAAGGACGCUUAAGGAACUCUCGAUGAUUGUGCCCCCGACUCAACACGAGUUGUCGACCGAUAGCCAAAAUCCCAGAGCUAUGGCCAAAGAGGAAAUCACAACUUGCUAUGCACUGCCAGACAAUGACUUGGGAUUGAAGACAUCGGAAGACGUGUACAAACGGCACGGAUACAGGUUUGUAGGCCCAGUGUUGGGAUCGGGAAAGUUCGGUACCGUUGAAAGAGUUGUCUACGAAAGGGAGAAUAUACCGCCCAUAGAGCUCGCCUGCAAACGGAUGCCUAUACCUAUAGGAGACAACCGAACCGCUAGGAAAAACAAAAAAAUGUUAAAUAUGGCCAAAGGUGAGGUCUAUGCGCUCCGGAAACUGAAACACCCGCAUAUCAUCCAAUGUGUCGACCACUUCAUCAUUGAAUCGUCGGAUAUUCGGUCUACAAAACCGAUAGUUUUGCAUAUCUUCAUGCAAUUGGCAAAGAAGGAAACGCUUUACCACAUAACCAGCGAUAGGGGACCCUCUGAAGAGCCUCAGUGUCGGUUAUGGUUCGCACAGAUUCUCAGCGCAAUGGUCUACAGUCACAACGAGAGGUGUGCGCACCGGGACCUCAAACUAUUGAACUUACUUCUGGACGCCAACGAUGACGUACUCGUCACGGACUUUGGUCUGAGCCGUGCCUUUGAUGAUCGCGUUGACGACAUGGAGGCCAACACUUUUUGCGGAUCUCCAAACUAUAUGUCACCGGAAUUACUGAAAAUAAAAGGCAUCAAACAUGCAAAAUACGAUCCCUUCAAAGUGGAUGUGUGGGCGUUGGGCGUGAUUUUGUUUGUGUUGUUUGACAAUACAUUUCCGUACGAUAUGGGAAAACUUGGCGGUAUUAAACGUACGAUAAAGUGUAUGACUGAAAGGCAAUACAGUUUUACACGUAAGCCCUCGUCAGGAAUCGAGGACAUUAUGUGGCAGAUGUUAGACCCGGUACCCGAAAGUAGGCCCAAAAUGUUAGCCCUUUCCACACAUGAAUGGAUCGCCACAACCUAUGAAGCGGUCGAAGCAAAGGGU